AUGGCGUCCGCCAACCACACAAUCUUGGACCCUUCUGUCUUCUUCCUCCUGGGCAUCCCUGGUCUCGAGUCGGUCCACUUCUGGUUCUCCUUACCUGUGUGCUCCAUCUGCCUGGUGACAGUCCUGGGCAACUGUACCAUCCUGUUGGCCAUCCUCUCAGAGCCUGCCCUACACAAGCCCAUGUACCUCUUCUUCUGCAUGCUCUCCCUCAUCGACCUGGUGGCCUGUGCUUCCACUCUACCCAAAAUGCUCUCCAUCUUCUGGUUCAACGCCGGCUGGAUCGACGCCAACGCCUGUUUGGUCCAGAUGUUCUUCAUUCACUCUUUCUGCAUGAUGGAGUCCACCGUUCUACUGGCCAUGGCCUUUGACCGCUAUGUGGCCAUCUGCCACCCACUGAGGUACGCUGCCAUCUUCACCAAUGCCAUCACGGUCAAGAUCGGUCUGGUGGCCAUCUCUCGGGGCUCCCUACUCAUGUUCCCCUGCCCGUUUUUGAUCAAGAGGCUCUCUUUCUGCAGGACCAACAUCAUCCCCCACACCUACUGUGAGCAUAUGGCCGUGGUCAAACUGGCCUGUGGCGACACCACUGUCAACCGGAUAUAUGGCCUGGCCGCGGCCCUGCUGGUGAUUGGGGUGGACCUGCUGUUCAUCGGUCUGUCCUACUUCCUCAUUGUGCGGGCCGUCUUGCGGCUCUCCUCGCAGAAGGCCCGGGCCAAGGCCUUUGGCACCUGUGGCUCACACGUCUGCAUCAUCCUCAUCUCCUACACGCCGGCCCUCUUCUCCUUCUUCAGUCACCGAUUCGGGCGUCGAGUGGCACCCCACAUCCACAUCCUCCUGGCCAACCUCUACCUCCUCUUCCCACCCAUGCUCAACCCUGUGAUCUAUGGUGUGAAAACUAAGGAGGUACGCCACAGGGUGGUCAGGGUGUUUCUCCCAGCAGGUUAG